AAAAUAGCAGGGAAGACAACUUGUUUCCUGACAAGAUAAUGAAGGACACAUGGCAGAAUGCUAAGGCACAGAUUAGAGGGUCAGGAAAUCCACAGAGACAAAAUUUGCCUGUGAAUUUGAAUUGCUCCAAAUAUUGUAUCCAAAACCAUGAUCACCAGCAGCCUCACCAACACCCCAGCUCUCCUCCGUGCACACAGCGCCUCCAAGCUCCACAAUCACUCGGUUCUCCCAGUGAUUAACGCAUCAAUUUCAUCCCGAGAAAAUGUAACCUCCAAUCGCAGAAGAAUCGUAAUAACUACAACUUUAGCCACUUCAGUAGCCCCUCCAGCACUGGCUGAGAAUUGGGGUGUUCGUUCAUUCUUAUGGGAACGUUUCUUUGAGCCUGACUUAUCUCCAGAAGAUUCAGUUGCAAGAAUUAGACAAACUGCUGAGGGGCUACAUAGCAUCAGGGACAUGCUGGAAACUAUGUCUUGGAGGUAUGUCAUGUUCUACAUCAGGCUCAAGCAAGCCUAUCUCUCUAAAGAUUUGAAAAUAGCCAUGGCUACUUUGCCUAAAGGUCGCUGGAAACAGUACGUUGAGUUGGCUAAUGACCUGGUUGAAAACAUGGCUCGGUUUGAUCAAUAUGUUCGUUCGCCGAAGGUAUACGAAUCGUAUCUAUACUAUGAGAAGACGUUGAAAUCCAUAGAUGAUGUUGUGGCAUAUUUGGCAUAGAACAUGCUUAUAUGUGUUUGAAUCAUAUAUGUUGUCAAGUGAGAAUGCAACUCUGCCCUUUUAUUGAUUACUUUUAAUGCUUAUCUAAAAUUGAUGCUCUUUGCCUUCAAA